GUAAUCUCCGUGGAUCGGCCCAUGUGUUGUGCUGUUACUGGGGUUUGGAGGGGUUGGAGCGAAAGGAGGGGUUCACCGGCCGCCCUACAAAACCAUUCUGAGCCAUUGGAGGGCUGCUUCAGAGGCGCGCGCCCCUGAGCUGGACGAGGGAGCCUCUGCUGCGCCCCGCCUCCCAAGCCUCAUGGAGUCUACGUUCAGCAGCCCGGUGGAGACAGUCCUGCAGCGGGAGGCGGGCGUCCCGGGACUGCUCACUCCCCUCGCUGACCUCGACCAAGUGUACGAGCUGGAGCGAGUCGUUGGAUUUGUCCGUGACCUAGGGUGUCAGCGGGUGGCCUUGCAGUUCCCUGACCAGCUCCUGGGAGAUGCAGGGGCCGUCGCUGCACGACUGGAGGAGAUUACAGGGUCGAAGAUGUUCAUUUUAGGGGACACGGCCUAUGGCAGCUGCUGUGUGGAUGUUCUGGGCGCUGAGCACGCUGGAGCUGAGGCCCUUGUUCACUUCGGCACCGCCUGCUUAAGUCCCCCAGCCCGCCCACUGCCCAUCGCCUUCAUCCUUGGCCAACGUUCUGUGGCUUUGGAGCUCUGCGCCAAAGCCUUUGAAGUGCAGAAUCCAGACCCUACAGCACCUGUAGUGCUGCUGAGUGAACCAGCGUGUGCCCAUGCCCUGGAGGCCUUGGCCACUCUCCUGCACCCUAAAUACCAGGACCUGCUUGUCUCCAGCCCAGCUCUUCCCCUACCAUUAGGGUCCUCCAGUCCAGAGCCCAAGCCCCUGGAGCGUUUUGGGCGUCACUUCCCCCUGGCCCCAGGGAGGUGUCUGGAAGAAUAUGGUGCCUUCUAUGUGGGGAGUUGUAAGGCUAGUCCUGACUCUGACCUUGACCCAGACCUGAGCCGGCUGCUCUUGGGGUGGGCACCAGGGAAGCCCUUCUUUUCCUGCUGCCCAGACACAGGACAGACCCAGGAUGAGGGUGUCCGGGCUGGACGGCUAAGGGCACGAAGAUGGUAUUUGGUAGAGAGGGCCAGAGAUGCCCAUGUGGUAGGGCUGUUGGUGGGCACAUUGGGUGUGGCCCGACACUGUGAGGCCCUGGCACACUUACGGAAUCUGUCUCAGGCUGCUGGCAAACGUAGCUAUGUGUUGGCUCUGGGGCAGCCCACCCCUGCUAAACUUGCCAACUUUCCUGAGAUAGAUGUCUUUGUGUUGUUGGCCUGUCCUCUGGGUGCCCUAGCCCCAAAGCCUUCUGGUAGCUUCUUCCGGCCUGUACUGACGCCAUGUGAGUUGGAAGCUGCCUGCAACCCUGCCUGGCCGCCUCCAGGCCUGGCUCCCUACCUUACACACUAUGCGGACUUGUUGCCUGGGUCCCCCUUCCAUGUGCCCCUCCCACCGCCCGAGUCAGAGCUGUGGGAUGCCCCAGAUGUGUCGCUCAUUUCUGGGGAGCUCCGACCCCCACUUGCCUGGAGGCCUCUGAAUGUUCCUGGAUGCUCUGCCCUGACCCCACGGCCCCAGCUGGAACUUGCUGAGAGCAGCCCUGCGGCCUCAUUCCUUAGUUCCCGGAGCUGGAAGGGACUGGAACCCCGUCUGGGUCAGACGCCGGUGACAGAAGCUGUGAGUGGAAGACGAGGGAUUGCUAUUGCCUAUGAAGAUGAGGGAAGCAGCUGAUACUUUGUGGGGCCAGAGACACAGAGGGACUUAGGAGUCGUUGCUAGAAACUUUCGUGCUCCCAGCAUUGACUUAGCAUCCCACCAGGACCCUUGAAGGAGCCUGGAUGGAAAGGGCAAGCCAGGCAGUGCCUCACUGAAGAUCAGAUCCAUGCCUGUCCUGUCCUGGCACUGGCACCAGGCCCACCACAUACUGGCCUAGUACAUCUCUAUUGCCUGACUGAUGGAGGAAAGAGUUUAAGGACUUUCUUGAGGCCUUCUGGGUCCGUCUGUCCCUGGAGCAGCCCGGGACCAGUGGUCAAUCCAAGGUUCUAAUCUGCAGUUGAGGGUUUGCUCUUAUUAAAGGGCAGGGGCUAGAUCAUCCAGACCAGGUUUCUCAAUGUCAGCACUGCUGACAUUUUGGAUUAGAUAAUUCUUUGUAGUGGAGGCAGACCUGUGUAUGGCAGGAUGUUUAGCAGUAACCCUGGCCUCUGCCCGCUAGACAUCAGAAAUACCCUCUUCCAGUUAUGACAACCAGAAAUGUCUUCAGACAUUGGCAAAUGUCCCCUGUGGGGGCAUAACUGGUUCUAGUUGAAAAUCACUGAUCUAGACCUGUACUGUCCAGGACAGUAGCCACUAGACACAUAUUUAAAUUUAAAUUAAUGGGCCGGGAAUAUAACUCAGUGGCACAGCAUCUGCCUGGCAAGCAUGAGGUCCUGAGUUGAUUCAUGGUACCAAAAAAAAUUUUUUUAAAUUAAUUAUUAAAAGCUCAGUUUCACAGUCACACUGGUUUCAUGUAUAGGUGCAUGAGAAGACAGCUAUAGGACAUUUCCAGCACUGUAAAAAGUUCUGUUGGAUAGUGCUGGUCUACAGUGAGUCAGACUUGUCUCUCAAGAUACAGAAAUUCAAAUAAACCAAUGCUUUUUCA